AUCACCGUACCAAGAUAACGUAGGUACUUCUGCCUCCGCUUAUUUUAUUAGUGGAACUUGACCAUCCACUCGGGCCCGCAUCUUUUCCAUUUCCCAUGACAAAAACGCCACUCACCGACAGCAGACCGCCAGCAUGCCGGCGACAUUGUUGCAUCUAACGUUAAUCAACAUAUUAGUUACAGCAUCCGCCCUCAUCCUUUACUAUGUCCUUGUUCCCUACUUUGUAAAGCCAAAGGUGCCACUUCCCCCCGGUCCGCCGGGCGAGUUCCUACUGGGCCAUUAUCGAAUAGUCCCGGUUAACGAGGCUUUUAAGUGGUAUGCGAAAUGGGGAAAGGAAUACAAAUCCGAUGUCUUGUUCUUCAAGACCUUCGGCACCAAGUGGAUCGUCCUGAACAGUUUGAAAUCAGCCGUGGAGCUCUUGGACAAGUGCGGCUCCAAAUAUGCUGACCGGCCGCGGUUCGUCCUGUUCGAAGAGAUGGGCUGGUCCCCGACCCUGACUUGGCUUCGCUGGGGCCCCAAGAUGCGCCUUCACAGGCGGGUCCUACAGUCGCCUUUCGCGCGGUCAAAGAUGGGCCAGUAUGCCGGUCUCCAGCGAAGGGAAGCCCUCAUCUGCUGCAAGGGCUUCAUUGACGACCCCGUAAACUGGACUACCGCUAUGCGGAGAUUUGGGGUCGCUAUCGUGCUCAAUAUCUCAUACGGUCUUGAAGUUGACGGGCCUUCAAGCCGGUGGAUCAAGCUGGCUGAGGAGUCGAGCAACGCGAUUGGCAAGUCUGGUGCGCCGGCAAGCUCGAUUAUGGAUCGGUUUCCCGCGACACGCUACCUGCCGGCCUGGCUGCCGUUUCUAGAAAGACUACGAUAUGCCCGAAAAUGGCGUUGGGCAAUCCAGUCCAUCACGAGUCUCCCAUUCGAGGCAUCCAUUAAGAACAUGAAACAAAAUCUCGACCGCAAGUGUUUCGCUCACAACCAGCUUGCCACAUACGCAGACAAUGUAGAAAAGGGGUUGCCCAACGAGUUUGACCUCGAGGACAUCAAAGGAGCAGCAGCAACCAUCACUAUUGCUGGGAAUGACACUACAUCUGCGAGUGUAAUGCUGCUCGUCCUGUAUCUCAUGCAGAAUCAAGACACACAACGCAAGGGCCAGGAGGAAGUCGACCGGGUUGUGGGCAAAGACCGAUUGCCAACAUGGGAUGAUAUCCCGAAUCUGCCGUAUAUGAAUCUCAUUCUGCAAGAGACCUACCGGAUGAACCCCCUCUCGCCACUGGGGAUUCCCCAUGCAAGCAUCGCUGAUAAUGUCUACGAGGGCAUGUUCAUCCCCAAAGGAACGAUCGUCUACCCGAACGUGUGGGCCAUGCACCAUGACGACUCUGUGUAUGCUGACCCCUACCGCUUCUGGCCUGAGCGAUAUCUGCCCAGGGAAAAGGGCGGUAACGGAGAACCAUUCCCCGUGGGGAAUUUUGGUUUUGGGAGACGAAUCUGCAUAGGCCGUAAUCUGGCGGAGAAUAGCCUUCUGAUUCAGCUCGCCACGAUGCUUGCCACGGUGAACAUUGACUGGCCCCCAGGACCGGACGGAACACCAACUCCAUUUGAACCCGAGUGGUCAUUCCGAGGGCAAGCCAUCGUCCUGCCUUUUCCGGCGUCUUUCACCAGCAGAUCUAAAGCAGUUGAGGGGAUGCUUGACGAGGAAGUUCGAAGGAUUUAGAAGAUGGCGGUAAACGCGACUUCUCGGCCCAAAGAGCUUCACCCUUGAUGGCCUGCUUUGAGCCAUUGUUAUGAAUAACGUUAACAGAC